AUGUCGUCAACAACUAUCCACGAUCAGAUGAUUCGAAAUAGACGAGAGAACCUGUAUGGCAUCAACAGAAAGCUAGAACAAAAUGGUAUAAAAACAUUGCUACGAGAAGAUCAUGUCUUUCUACAGGGCGAAUAUUCUGGAGAUCAGCCUGAUAUAUUGUGGACUAGUGAGACAGCAAACGCCUAUUUUAAGCAAAGGGCCGUUGAAAAUACUACAAGCGAUGAAAGAAAAAGAAUAUCUAAAAAAUUAGUGGCUACAACCCAUUUUAAGCUUGGAUCAGAUUAUGAUGCUUAUAAGCAACAAUCCCUUAAUAAAGAUGAUUUCCAAGCUAAAGCAUAUUCUAAGCUACAACCACUACGACAGGAAAUGAGUAAAAGUCAUAUUAAUGAAUUAACUGGCCAAUAUGCAACAGAAAAAAACUUUGGUAAAUCGGUCUAUAGUGAGAAUUAUACUCAGGAUGAGGCAUGGCAAAAGUGGAAAAAUGAUUCUUCAAAUAUCAGUAAAGAUACGACUAAAGAAGAAACACGUGAACUUAUUAAGAACUUGAGAUCGACGCACUUUUCACUAGGCAGUGAUCCCUCAGUUAGAUUCGAAACUCAAAGUAAAAAUGAUUACGUUAAGCUCCCAUUUGUUGCCCAUCAAACUCCUGUUGGCUCUAAAACUCUACUUAAAAGCGGCCAAUCGCAUGUUUUUCGAGAUGGUGAUUACAAUCGCGAUCAUAAUCUGGCUACAAAACGAUCGACUAUGACCCGUGAUUUUCGUCAUAAUGAGAGUAAAUCGAGUAAUGCAACAGCAUCAGCUCUUUCUGGAAAGCUUGAUCCAAGAGAUUUUAGUUUCAAACAUCAACUUAAUUCUGCGGAUAUUUAUGGGAGUGGAUUUCUACCUAUAGCCACAUUAAAGGAAAUAUGCAAGAAAAUGAAUCUGCAAUUAAGUGAUAAUGAGUUUGCAAGCAUCAUCACGAUGUGUGAUGUAAACGGUGAUGGAAGCAUCGAUCAUCAGCAAUUCGCUAAUUAUGUCCGAAACGUCUUAAAUCGAAGAGAUGACGAAGUAUUGGUGAAAAAAAUAAAAAGUGGCUAUAUAGGCCAUCAAGAAGGUGACCGAUCGAAGAAUUUUCACGAAAUCCAUAAAAUGAAUAUAGCCCACAACAUUACAUUUGGUAGUACUGAUGCAGGCAUGGAUUCCACCUAUUUUAAAGAUUUCGCUGUUGAUCAUAAAAUUGCGCGAAAUAAAGCUUUUAAAGCUCCUACCGAUUCUCAAUUCAUGCAUAUCGAUGAGCAUGAGUAUUUAUCAUCGCAACAUCAAUUAGAAUUUGUUAAUCAUGCAAGCAAGAUUACGCCUGAAGCGAAAGCACAACAAGCGAAAGAAAUAGAGAAUGUCAGAAGUAAACAUGUGGCUCAAAAUAUUAAAUUAUCAUGUAAUGAUGACAUCGCUAAAGAGGAUAGAAUCCAAUCAGUAAGCCAAGCGACAUUCAAAGGAUAUGAUGGCACUCACAAGCGAAGUCCAGCUGAUCUUCUCUCCUCUAAAUACAAUACCUUCAAAGAAGAUGGUUUUGAUUACCUUCCACCUUCAGAAGCUCAGCAAGCCUAUGUACCACCUAUUGGUGACAUAAGUCAAAGAAUCGCUCUAUUAAAAGAGGAACGAGCUAACCAGAAAGUAAUGAAAGGGAAUGCAAUUGGAACACAUUUUAUUCUUGGAUCCGAUCCAAGUGGACGAAUAUCUGAACACGACGAAAAUUACAAUUAUACUUGGGAAGAUAUGAAAAAUGUUAAAGCUGCUGGCGUCAUUGAUAAAGCUGUUGCUCCGCCAUUUACCCAUCUAAAUUACAGUGAUAAUGUCGAGAUUCGAGAUGAAACUGAAUUGGACGAAGCAACACUGUUAAAAAAUCAAUUAGUUGACGAAGCGCGAGUAAAAUACCUAAAUCCAAGAGAUCCUUUAAAUAUGAACAUUAGAAGAGCAUUCCUUGAAUAUGAUGUUGAUGGAUCUGGCACAAUUGAUCGAUCAGAACUGCAACAAGUCUGUAAAAAACUAAACCUGGUUAUAAAUGAAGAAUUGCUAGAUAGGCUUAUGUCAGAGUACGACACAAACGGUGAUGGACAAAUUGACUAUAGUGAAUUUACAAGAUAUUUAAUCAAGGAAAAGGUUCCUUUAGGGAUUAAAAAAACAAUCCUAAAAUCCGUUCAACAAGAUGACUUCAAGCCAUUAGACCAGCGAAGUUGGACGGAAGCUCAAAUACGUAAUUUUGAAAGUAAGAAAAAAGAAGAACUUAUCCCCUUAAUGGAUAGCCAUUUCUAUGCUGGUAGUUAUGAAGAACCGGUAGAAUCAAUUACUAAAACGGACUUCGUCAGACCGGAAUACAUGCAAGAUAAAACUGUUUAUCGUUCGAACUAA